GUUUGAUACCAUUCCAUCAAUACCAUUCCAGCCAUUACAAUGAGCCCGUCCUCCUGUAGCUCCCCCACCAGCCGCCACUGGAAUUGCUAAAAUUCUAAAAGCUCAGUUCAGCGCUUUCAGCCACACAGGCCUUCUACUAAAGAGGGUUUUCUGCUGACAAUGAGAACAAUCUUAGUUCAUUAGUUUCCAUUGUUUUUUUACUGUUUAUGGCUUAAUGACCCGAUCAGCCUCACCUUGUGUGAAUAGUUGUGUAUGGUACUGGUCAACCUCACCUUGUGUGAAUAGUUGUGUAUGGUACUGGUCAACCUCACCUUGUGUGAAUAGUUGUGUAUGGUACUGGUCAACCUCACCUUGUGUGAAUAGUUGUGUAUGGUACUGGUCAACCUCACCUUGUGUGAAUAGUUGUGUAUGGUCCUGGUCAACCUCACCUUGUGUGAAUAGUUGUGUAUGGUCCUGGUCAACCUCACCUUGUGUGAAUAGUUGUGUAUGGUCCUGGUCAACCUCACCUUGUGUGAAUAGUUGUGUAUGGUACUGGUCAACCUCACCUUGUGUGAAUAGUUGUGUAUGGUACUGGUCAACCUCACCUUGUGUGAAUAGUUGUGUAUGGUACUGGUUAACCUCACCUUGUGUGAAUAGUUGUGUAUGGUACUGGUCAACCUCACCUUGUGUGAAUAGUUGUGUAUGGUACUGGUCAACCUCACCUUGUGUGAAUAGUUGUGUAUGGUACUGGUCAACCUCACCUUGUGUGAAUAGUUGUGUAUGGUACUGGUCAACCUCACCUUGUGUGAAUAGUUGUGUAUGGUACUGGUCAACCUCACCUUGUGUGAAUAGUUGUGUAUGGUACUGGUCAACCUCACCUUGUGUGAAUAGUUGUGUAUGGUACUGGUCAACCUCACCUUGUGUGAAUAGUUGUGUAUGGUACUGGUCAACCUCACCUUGUGUGAAUAGUUGUGUAUGGUACUGGUCAACCUCACCUUGUGUGAAUAGUUGUGUAUGGUACUGGUUAACCUCACCUUGUGUGAAUAGUUGUGUAUGGUACUGGUCAACCUCACCUUGUGUGAAUAGUUGUGUAUGGUACUGGUCAACCUCACCUUGUGUGAAUAGUUGUGUAUGGUACUGGUCAACCUCACCUUGUGUGAAUAGUUGUGUAUGGUACUGUCAACCUCACCUUGUGUGAAUAGUUGUGUAUGGUACUGGUCAACCUCACCUUGUGUGAAUAGUUGUGUAUGGUACUGGUCAACCUCACCUUGUGUGAAUAGUUGUGUAUGGUCCUGGUCAACCUCACCUUGUGUGAAUAGUUGUGUAUGGUACUGGUCAACCUCACCUUGUGUGAAUAGUUGUGUAUG